AUCCACAAGGUGGCGGUAAUGCGCCCAUAAAAAAAUCUCCAUUAAACAAACAGAAGGAGAACUGUAGCUACUCUGCCAUGCUAACAGCUAACAGAAGAAGAUGCUACUUGGCUAAACUCUUUUAGGUCCUUGUUUUUAAAAACACAUCCAUGUGGUUGUUUAACAGCAGUAAACUACUAGUGACGUUAACUCGGUGCCGGGGACUAUCUCUCUCCCAGUUGGUCUUUGCUGCAUUUCCGGGUAAGUUAGCUUGCUAGUUAGCUAGCUGGCUAGUUAGCCGGUGUUAUUGUCUCCAGGAUGGAAGCGUCCACCGUCACAGUCACAGUCCAGAGUCUGAGGCAGUUCAUCGGCGAGAGAUUAGCCGCCGCCGCCGCCGAAAUACUCGGAGUUUGUGAAACGACCAUCGCGAAGUACGAGGAUGAAAUCGACCGUCAGCGCAGAUUGUUUGACGUCAUCUGCAAACCGACGUUGAGGCUCCACAGAACAGAGCUCCCACGGCAGCAGGGCUGCAGCGAGGAGAGCAGCCUCCGAGAGGAGCCAGAGCCUCCGCAGAUUAAAGAGGAGCAGGAGGAGUCCUGCAGCAGUCAGGGAGGAGAGCAGCUUGUCCUGAAGCUGGAGGACGAUCAGGAGAACUUGCAGCUUGUUUUGAAGCUGGAGGACGAUCAGGAGAACUUGCAGCUUGUCCUGAAGCUGGAGGACGAUCAGGAGAACUUGCAGCUUGUCCUGAAGCUGGAGGACGAUCAGGAGAACCUGCAGCCAGUUACUAACAAGGAGAGUGAUCGGGAAAGCCUCUCGUUGAAUCCUACUUCUGAGGAAAGUCCCCACACGGAACCAGAACCCAGUGACUCCUGUCUCGUCUCUCAGGACUCUCCUGCAGCUCAGAGCCAGGAUCUCAGUCAAGGCACACAUGCAAGGCUAAGAUCAACCUCACGUGAACAGCCGGCGUCAGAUAAGACACGUCGCAUCCUCAGAAAGCGGAUAAAACGCGACAUCCAAAACUGCAACUCCCCCACGUCAAACAUUUCCUCGAAUAACUGCAAGGUUGAAAAAGUUUUUAAGUGUGGCACUUGUGGCAAAGCCUUUAAAUGGAAGUGCCGGUUAAUAAAACACGCGAGGGUCCACACCGACGAGAAGCCGUUUUCAUGCAAAACAUGUGGGAAAGGUUUCAAAUUUCGGGGAAGCGUGAAGAUCCACAUGAGAGCGCACACAGGAGAGAAACCUUUCUCCUGCGACACGUGCGAGAAGAGUUUCGCGUUAAGCAGUAGCCUGAAGAUCCACAUAAGAACGCACACAGGCGAGAAACCGUUUUGUUGCAAAAUAUGUGGGAGAACUUUCACAUUUAGCGGCAGCUGGCGGACACACGUUAAAACGCACACAAACGAGAGACCGUUUUCCUGCAAAACGUGCGGGAAAAGUUUCACAUCCACGGGAGGUUUGCAGUAUCACGUGAGAACGCACUCAGUUGAGAAGUCGGAUCCUUGUGCGAUUUGUGGAAAAACAUUAAGCAGCAGGUCGCAGCUGAAGUUGCAUUUGAGAAUCCACACAGGAGAGAAACCAUACUCUUGCAAAACGUGCGGGAAAGAUUUCAGAUUCUCCAGUUUGUACAGAAACCACAUGAGAACGCAUUCGGACGAGAAGCCGUUCGUUUGCAACAUCUGUGGGAAAAGAUUUGCUCAGUUGUCUUCGUUAAAACUGCAUCAAAAUAGCCAUCCUGAUAAAAAAGCUGCGUUCCUGCAGAACAUGCGGGGAAAUCUUCAGAACCGGAAGUGAAGCGGAAGCCCACACUCGACACACCCACCCUCACCGGGAGCUCGUCCCCGUAGUACCGCUCAGUCAACGUUCUCUCAUGGUUCUCAAGGUGAAAGCAGUUUGAGGCGACAGAGAAACAUAGACUUGUUUUUAAUAGAAAAUUCCAAAAGUGAGGAGCGACGUACUUGUAGCUCAUGUAGGAAACGUCUUUCUCGGAUCAUGUACUUGAAGUACUUUUGGAUAUUAAUACACGAGAGAGAGACUAGCAACAGAAUUAGUGAUUUUUUAAAAUUUAUUUAUUUUUUACUAUUUGUACACCGUACGUCAGUGCUUCUGUAGUUUAUUAAAGUUUCUUGAAUCUUGA